GUAAACGCAAGUCAAGAUCGAAAGUAAAGUCUUCUCUGCGGUCCAGCAGUCCGCCACUUCCUUGACGCAACACACACUUCGCUUCAGAGAGAGACAAAGAGAGGCGGAGGCGGAAGAGAGAGAGAAACAAAAGCUCGGAGAUGAUAGAGAUCGUAGAUCGACUAUGAGGGGACUGUGAUAGAGGUACUGAGACUAGCAGUAGUACUGGAUAGCGUUCCCAAUCUUACAACCAAUAGUGAUGGCGGAUUCUUUUAUCUCAACCAUGAAAGAAAUUAAAGAAUUUGGUUCGUGCCUGUGGGAUGCUGUGUCAAGCCGCAAUCUGGAAGAAAAUCUGAAGUCCUUAAAAGGUGCUAUGGAGUCUCUGAAGAAAGUUUAUGAAGAUGUGAAGCAAAGGGUUGAAAUUGAAGGGAAAGUACCACAGAUGAAGUGUACAAACGAAGUUUCUGGUUGGCUUUAUGAAGUAUUGAAAUUGGAAAAAGAUGUGAGCAAAACUCUGCAAGAUGGUGAGAAAGAAAAGCAGAACAAGUGUCUUAGAGGUUAUUGUCAAAAAAACUGUUGGUCAAGCUAUAAUCUCAGAAACACUAUAAGCGAACACCUCGAUGAAGUAAAGAAACUGAGGACACUAGGUCAAUUCAAUGCUGUGGUUCAGAAGUUUCAUGUUACAGUUCAGCAGCUACCUAUGGUCGAGACCGUUGGUCUAGAUGCCCCGCUUCAAGAUGUCUGGAGAUGUAUUGAAGACAGAAAAUUGGGAAUUGUUGGAUUAUACGGGAUUCCGGGCGUUGGAAAGACUACCCUUCUCUACAAAAUAAACAAUGAGUUCCUCAAUGUUAGCCAUGAUUUUGAUGAAGUGAUUUUGGUUUCAGUAUCAAAACUAUCAGAAGUAGAAUUGGUUCAGAAAAAAAUCAUGGAUAAAUUGGACCUCCCUAGAAACAUGUGGAGUUCAGAUGGUAGGGAGACAAACGCUCAGAAGAUAUUUGAAAGGCUACACGGAAAAAAGUUUUUGUUGUUGUUAGAUGAUAUAUGGCAGCAACUUGAUCUUAAUCUUGUCGGGGUUCCUCUUCCAAAUGAUCGGAAUCAGUCCAAAGUUGUAUUUACAACCCAUUCCAUCGAUGUUUGUGGCCUCAUGGAAGCUCAACAGAAAAUUGAAGUUAAAAGUUUAGGACCAGAAGAAGCAUUGCAUUUGUUUCGGAUGAAGGUGGGUGAAGCCACUCUAACUUCUGGUCCAGAAAUAUCCAAACUGGCAAAUGAUAUGGCUGCAAAAUUGAACGGCCUGCCACUAGCACUCGUAACUGUUGGGCGUGCCAUGGCCAGUAGGAAUGAUCAAUGUGAUUGGGAAUCCGGGCUAAAUGUAUUGAGAAACACUCCAUCACAGUUCCCACACAUGGAAGGCCGCAUCCUUAAGAAUUUGAAGUUUAGUUAUGAUAGACUACAGAGUACUACCGAUAAGUCUUGUUUCUUGUAUUGUUGUCUAUUCCCAGAAAACUCUGACAUCAGGAAAGAAAAAAUUAUUAAUUGUUGGAUAGGAGAAGGGUUUAUAGAUGAAUUGAAUGAAGAUGCAGAUAUAAAUGGUGACUUACGCUCUAAAGGAGAAUUAGUUAUCAGAAAUUUAAAGCGUGCAUGUUUAUUAGGGAGUGGUGAAUCAGAAGAGUUCAUUAGGAUGCAUGGUAUGCUACGUGACAUGGCCUGGCACGAAUGCAAAGAGGACAUUGUUCUUUUAAUUAAAAAAGAUAAGGAACAACGUGGAUUGAGAAGUUGGAAUAAAGUUAAAAGGAUGUCAUUGUGGGAUCAUAGUAUACAAGAUCUCCUCACAAUUGUCCCGCACUCAUCCAGAGAAGAUCUCCUUGAAAAUAUCUCUCCGUUACCCAAUCUCCUGACUAUGAUUUGUAUGGAUCCUAUGUCAACAACAUUGCAUGCAGGAUUCUUUCCAUCGAUGUCUUCUCUGGGGGUUUUGGACUUGUCAAAUAGUUCAUCCUUACAUGAUUUACCUAAGGAGAUUGGUCAUCUAAUCAACUUGAAAUGCCUUAAUCUCUCUAAUACAGCUAUUCCUGAAUUGCCAUCUGCACUUCAAAAUUUGAGAAAAUUGCGGUGUUUGAUACUAAAUUGUACAAAAAUUCGGAAAAUUCCAAGGGCAAUGAUACCAAACUUUCUGUCCCUGGAAGUAUUUAGUAAGUUGGAAGUUCUUCAGCACUUAGAUCCUGGUGGUUUCCUACAUCGUGAUGAUUACCUACAAUAUUUGUUAAAGGAAUUAGAGUGCUUGCUACACAUAAAAGAAAUCUGCAUUGUCAUUCAUGAGGCCACUUCCCUGCAAAAGUUAUUGGAAUCACACAAGUUACUAGGGUGCAUAAGAAAGCUCACACUCGAUGAGUGCAAUGAUCUGCCCACCCUUGAACUAUCACCCUCAUUGGUGACAAAAAUGGAGGAUCUUGAAUUACGUUAUUGUAAAGAGUUACGAGAGAUUUCCCUUGGAACAGGGCAAUUCAGAAACCUUAGUAAGGUAGUGAUUAAAGGUUGUAACUUGUCAGAUGUGGGGUGGCUCAUAUAUGCUCCAAGACUUCAAACUCUUGAAUUAGUUAAUUGUGAAUUAUUGGGAGAAAUAAUAGGAGAUACACCGGGAGGUGGAGAAAUUGAAGAAAAUACAAGGAUAUUCUCAAGUCUUUUGGUUCUACGUUUGUUUUGCCUACCAAGCCUACAGAGCAUAUACCGGCAUGCCUUGCCCUUUCCUUCCCUGAUAAAGAUUGAGGUACAAGAUUGCGAACUUUUAACCAAGCUUCCAUUUUCCAAGAGUGCAACGAAAACUCUAAAGCUAAUUAGCGGAGAGGAAAGCUGGUGGGAUAGCUUGAGUUGGGAUGAUGAAACCAUUAAGGAAGAUUUCAGCCCAAAAUUUGUUGAAAGAAUUGUUCAGAAUGCUUGGCUCGAGGACUUUCAGCCAGAGUAUUGAGAUCUGAUUUUCACUUGUUUGUGUGAGGCUGCGAACUUAAGGACGAGUGCUUGAAGAUUUUUCAAGAAUAUUGCUUGUGAAGUGUUGAAGUAUUGGUGUUUUGUUUCACAAUAAAAGAAGUAAGACUGUUUGUGAGAAUGAGCGUUAUGUUAUUGAACUGGUAAAGGUGUUUUGGCCUGUUGUCUGGCCGUGUAUUUAAUUUGUGUUUUUUUUUUUUUUUUGGACCAUACUGUGUAUUUAUUUUUCAUUGUGCUUUUUGGCCAGUACCAUGUAUUUUGUUCUAAGUGUACUUUUUGGCCAGUCCGUCAAUAUGCUUUACUAUAAAUUACUCAAAGAAAGGUGAAACCUCUGCACAUUAUGAGUGACAUUUCUCUUCA